GCAGACUUGUGGUAAUUGAAGGAAAAUUAAAGGAGCAUGGGUCAUCGCUGUUGCAGCAAACAGAGAGUGAAGAGAGGGUUGUGGUCUCCUGAAGAAGAUGAGAAGCUCAUAAAGCACAUUACCACUUUUGGUCAUGGCUGCUGGAGCACCGUUCCCAAACUAGCUGGGCUACAGAGGUGUGGGAAGAGCUGUCGAUUGAGGUGGAUCAAUUACUUGAGACCGGAUCUGAGGAGGGGAUCCUUCACUGAGCAAGAGGAGAGAACUAUAAUUGAUGUUCACAGAAUUAUAGGCAACCGAUGGGCACAAAUAGCCAAACACUUGCCAGGAAGGACUGACAAUGAAGUCAAGAAUUUCUGGAAUUCUUGCAUCAAGAAGAAACUCAUUGCUCAAGGCUUGGAUCCAAAUACUCACAAUCUCAUCUCUCCAACCCAGGCCAAAACCACCAAACAAAACAACUCCCAUUCCCAUACCCAUAAUCAUCGCCGUCACCAAAACUCACCCCCCUCAGCUUUCACUAUAGAGACUUCUUCAUCAUCCCACAGAGAUGUUGUUCCCAUGGAGAUCAAAGCCACUCUUGCAGCAGCUUUCCCACCUUUCCCUACUCCACCAAAUGAGAAGCUAUUAUACCAUAAGAAUACCAUUCCAUUGAGCCACGAGAGGAAUAAUAAUCCAGUAAUGGAUUAUGGGAGCUGCUCUUCAAUGGAGAUCACUUCCUCUUCCUCCAAUCUUUCGGGGUUGGGAAUCUUGAACUCUGACAACUGCAUGUGGGGAGGUGCCACUAAUCUUGAACUCCUGUUUGGAGGGAGUGCGGAAGGUAGACAAGAAGAAGGAGAAGAAGAUCAAGAGGAACAUAUUCAAGAGGAAAUGGGGGCUGGGACUGAGACUCAGACUGGGGGGAAUCAAGUGUUCAAGGUUAAUACUGAUGAUGAGUUCAACAACAAUGGGCAGAGCAUAGAGAUUAACUUGUUCGACAACUCUAACAUUGGGAUAGACUUUGUGGAGUCUUCACUCAUGCCCUGCGCCAUGUAUUGUAAUGCAAAUUCUAUGGACCAACUUCCUUGGGAUUGCUGAUGUUUUAAAACCUUCCUGCUCCAACGUACGAUUAAAUUCAAGGCAUAAUUUGUUUAUGUCGACCGAUCAAAUCGUUUCCCAAGUUGGAAUAA